UGAAAAUCAUGGAUAUAAUGUUUAACCGUUUGCAAUGAUUACUACAUUACCUACAAACAAAUGAACUGCCCAAAUACUCUCAUAAACUUCAAUUUCACGUCCCUAAUUAAAAAGGUUAAACCUUAAUCCCUUAGGCUCCUUCGUCUUGUGUAUAUAAUAUAGUCUCUAUCUCUCCAUCUAAAAAUAUCGUCCCAAUUUCUUUAAAGUUUAGAUCCAAUACUAAAGAACAUGUCUUCUUCUUCUUCUAUCACGUUUUCUAUUCUGCUUCUCUCUCUUCUUGUGGCACUAAACCAAAAUCCGUCGUUAGCCUCUACCAGUAGCAACGACAACACAAACGACAUCGUAACGCAGUACAGCACAUACGUUAGAAACGCGUGCAACGUAACGCGAUACCAACGCCUCUGUGUCAGAACGCUAUGGCCGUUUGCAAUCGUCGCUCGAAACAACACCAGCAAGUGGGCUCGAGCUAGCGUCGCGGUGACCAUAACCGACACCAAACGGAUGCUGAGACUCUUGCUCAAAACGCAGCGUUCAGCGGUUGGGGAACGCGAGCGAAUCGCCUUGUCGGAUUGCCGAGAGCUGUUCGUGGACUCCCUCGACAAUCUGUACAAGUCACUCGCCGUUCUACGGACACUGAACGCGGAUGAGUUCCAGCGGCAGAUAAGCGAUCUCGCCACGUGGCUAAGCGCAGCACUCACAGAUGAGGACACGUGUCUAGAUGGAUUUGAAGAGACGUCGAGUAGAUCACGGACGGUCAGGAUGGUUCGGAGGAAGGCUACCAAGUGUAUGCGAUUAUGCAGCAAUGCUCUGGCUCUCCUCAACAAGCUUGCUUUUGACGGCUUGUAAUCUACGCUAUGAUAUUUAUUACCAUACAAAUCAUACAUUAUAAAAAAAGAAAAAACACUUUAUUUUACUCUGAACUAUUAUUGUUAUAGAUUAUAGUAUUAAUUAUAAACAAUAUGAUUGUUGUCCUGGUUAUUCUUAACUCACACAAAUUAUCAUGAAUUCAUCAUUUCAUAGUUAUUAAAA